CGUUGUAUUUUGUGACAAGCACAUGCCGAUGAGCAGCAACAAAAAAAUAAAUACAAAUCAAAACAAAUAUCACAAGCUAAAGGACCCUAAAGUUUAACUUAAUACAUUCUAUUGAAAAUGUAUUCCUUUGAUAUUAAAGAGAUACCAGGAAAGGGGCGUGCCAUGUUGGCUACAAAAGCCUACAACGUGGGAGAUGUCAUAUUUGAAGAGGAACCUUUUGUCUCAAGUCAAUUCUCUUGGAAUUCAGCUUAUGGCUAUGCCGCUUGUGAUCAUUGUAUGCGUCCUUUGGAAACGGUUACCGAAAAUGUAAGACGUUUAGCCAGUAAGCCAGCUUUGGUGGUACCACUGGUGGAACAUGAUCCCACCAAACAAUGGUUGGAACAAUUUUGUUGCUGUCCCAAGUGCAAAGUGCGCUACUGUUCGGAAGAUUGUCGUAUUGAGGCCUUAAAGAAAUAUCAUCGUGUCGCCUGUAUGGGUAAUUAUAGGGCUGAUGAUUCACAUCCCAUUAAUAGAUUAAAUGAAAUAUGGAAAAAAAUGCAUUAUCCUCCUGAAACUGGCACCAUAAUGCUUUUGGUACGUUUAAUGGCCAUGUAUCAACAAAGCACUAAUAAAACCGAAUUUAUGGAAACUUUACAAUCAUUCCAAUCUUUGAUUGUGAACAAGGAACAGCAAAUCUAUCACAAAAUGCUGGGUGAAAAUUUUGAAAUUCAAAUGGAACAACUUUUUGCUGCUUUUUGUGAAGCUUUUCAGGGAGAAGAGUUUGCAUUGUUUACUACUCCUGAUUCCUUUAAAACACUUAUGGGUUUGGUGGGUACUAAUAGUCAAGGUGUGGCCACUAGUGUUUUAGCAGAGUGGGUUAAGAAGGUAUCAGAUUUACCUAUGCCCGAAGCGGAUAAAAAUAAAUUGGAUGAAUACAUAGAUGAUCUGUAUAAUAAAGUGGGAGAAUUCGCUGGCGAAUUCUUGAACAAUGAAGGUUCAGGUUUAUAUUUACUGCAAAGUAAAAUAAAUCACAGUUGUGUUCCAAACGCCCAAUCAACUUUUCCAUACUCGAAUGAUAUUGUAGUACUAAAGGCCAUACAAGCCAUACAACCGGGUGAAGAAAUUUGUAUUUCAUAUUUAGAUGAAUGUCAAUUGGAAAGAAGUAGACAUUCCCGGCAAAAGAUUCUUAAAGAGAAUUAUAUUUUUGUGUGUCAAUGCCCCAAAUGUCAAUUGGAGGCUAACGAUCCCGAUGAAACUAGUGAAGAUGAAUUUGACGACGAUGAAAUGGAAAUGGAUGAUGACGAUGAUAUGGACGACUGAAUAAAUUUUGGACUCUUUAAAAUCUGAAAACAAGUAGUUUUUUUUUUUUGUAAAUUUGCAAUAAUUAAAUGGAAGAAAUAUAUAUUUUUAAUGUUAAACUAAUAAACUAAAAA